AGAACGAUCCAUUUCUCACGAGAUAUCUCACCGAGACAUUUUCUUACUAUGAUACUUAACACCGGAUAAUGGAGGUGUGUGUGUAUGAGGCUUCCAGUGAGAGUUAACACCAUGGAGCCUGACAUCAUCCACUUGUACUCCUCCACGCCACCUCCCUUGGAUGAGGGCACAGAGGAAGACGACGAUGAGUUUGGGGAGUUUGGGGGUUUUGGGGAGGAGAUGUCGUCCAGCUUUAGCUUUGCUGAGUUUGAAGCCCCCAUUGAUUGCAGCCAGUCCCGAACUGCAAACGUCUCACCCCCAGACCUUUAUACUAUAUCUGAGACCCCAUGCUGCGUCUCUUUACCAGGGAAAUCAGUCAGUGCUGAAGAUGGGCGAGAGCCACCAGAUGAGUCCUUGUCCAGUGAUCUCUUUGUAGGUUCUGGGACUUUGGCUGUUCAACCUGAGGUUAGCAGCAGCUGUGUAAAUGGAGAUUUGGCAGUUGCCGAGGUCAUUGCAAAUGGUUUCACACUAACAGGCCCAGAAGAGGGCCCCUCUAGGCUUGUGUCUGACCACACCUGUGUCUGUGAACAUCCAAGGAUUGUGGAUUCCUCUGUGCUCCAUGAUACACAGCUCAGAGACACAUCUGAGCACAUGGGUGACACAGAUGAAGAUAAAGGCCUGAGCAAUGGGUUCAGUGAUCCGCAUAUAGACUCAGAGCAGGAAGGAGAUAGUAUAACACAGUCCCACUGCACAGAGACUGUGAACUCAGGGUCUAGAAAAGUGGCAACAGGAGUGGACCAGAAGUCCACUUUACAGCAAAGAGACUCUGAGGUCUUCCUUGGAUAUCAGGAUGUUCACUCUAAGCCUGAAACCCACACAGACCUUCCAAAGGCCCCAGCUUCUGAGGAGGUUGGGACAGGAGAACUGGGAAUUCUGGAUGAUAGAGUGCCAACUCCUGCCUGUAGCCCUCCAGGAGGGAGAGAGUCUCCUGAUCCCAACAGGUCGUCCAUCAGUGAAGAGUUUGCUUCUUUUUGUGAGGCCGUGUCCCCAAACAGAUUAGAGAGUUUGGCGGACUACGGAGAGCUUGGUGGACUCUCAGAGGGAUUCGUGGCUGUAGUGUCUGUAGUCUCUCAAGCAGAGCCUGAUGAGGACUUUGGGGAAUUCGGAGAGCCAGUCUCAUCCUCAGGUCAGGGGUUUGCAGACUUCAGCCAGACUGAGUCCGUCACACAGGAGGGAUUUGCCGACUUUGUCACAGCACCUUCUGGAAUCUCCACGUCCUCAGAUGAGGGAGAGUUUGUGGACACUGACACCUUGAAGGACUGCAAGGAGAGAGAACUGGAGGAAGAGGAAGUGGAGCAACUUGCAGAGGAACCUGUGGAUGAAGUGGACGAGUUUUCAGACUUUCCAGCUAGUGAUAGUUUUGCAGACUUUAGGUCAGCUCCAUUCGGAGGGGUUACUGAUGAGGGUGCUGAGGAGAGGUGGGCUGCAUUUGAGGUUGAUGGGCAAGAGUUAGCAGCGCAAGACUCCUGGGCCACGUUUGGAGAGGAACAGAGCAUGAGCCUGUCAGUGGAGGAACAAGAGAGAUGGCAGGCGGGCAUGUCAGUUAUGGCCCCUCCCAGCGAGAGCCCCCAGUCUGCCAGAAGAGACAGUGUGACAGCAACACUGAGUGACGGGCUGCGGCGGCUUUUCCUUGCCAGUUUCCCUGAGGUCAUCACAGUCCCGGCAGUCAGUGAGAUGAAAGAGGAGAUUGGCUCUCUCAGGACUCUACUGGACACACAGCAGUUGCAGCUCGAGCAAAGGGACCAGGGCUGCUCCACUGCCCACUGGGAGCCACAGGAGAUGUGGUGGCACCUGCAGGACAUCCACAGUGCUUUUGGCCUGAAGUUUCAGUGGGGUGGUUCCCAUAGUAACAGGGCACUGCUGAACUGCCUGGGUGUAGACACAAGGAAUAUUCUGUUCACCGGACAGAAGAAACAGCCUGUAAUAGUCCCCAUGUUUGCUUCUGGCCUAGGUAUGCUACAGCCCACCAAAGAAACUGUGAAACUCUCACAAGCACAGAUAUCAUCUGUACCAGCAUUUAGUAGCACUUCACAAUCUACACAGGGGGAGCCAUCGGCCAUUCAGUUAGACUGUAUUAGCAGUGGCCUUAUGAACCCAUUGGAUGGUGUAGAUCCAGAGUUGUAUGAACUGACCACUGCUAAAAUAGAAAGCAGCAACACUGGCAGCAACAUAGCCAGUGCCUUCACACGCCUUAUGGCCUCCAUGGAGAAAUCCAGUACAGCAACCAAGAAACCCAGCAGUGAUGAACACUUAAGUGAAGAAGCGUCGAAAGUGAUAUCUCACCUGCCAGACCUGUCAUUCAUGCGGGCCAAAGUCCUCAUGUUUCCCAGCACGCUCACUCCUCUCACUGCCCCCGGCACCACACAGGAGUGA